CGGAAUCCCCGGUCCAUGCCGAAGCCCAGGGCGAGCAGGCCCACGCCGCCGCGGCGGCCCGCGGCUCACCGGCGAUCCCUCGCGGCGGGGCUCCCGCGUCUGCGGCUGGGCGCGGCGGCCGCGGCGUACGUGGGCGUGGACUACGCGUGCCGCCGCCUGCCCCGCGCGUGGCAGGCGCCGCGGCUGCAGGCCGCGCUCUGGGCGGCGCUGGCGCUCGCCGCCGCCGCGCGCGCGCCCUUCUACCGCCGGUGGGACGCCGAGCUCCGCGCCGCGCCGCGGUUCCUCGCCGCCAUGGCGCUCAUGCUCACCGCGCUGCUCUGCGAGGCCGUCUCCGUGCGGUUCGCCUCCACCGUCCUCGGCCUCCAGUGGCACAGAUCUACAUCCCCUCUUCCUGACACUGGGCAGUGGCUGCUUCUAGCACUAAAUGAGAAACUUCCACGAAUUGUGGUUGAUCUCCUCAGAGCUCACAUCAUCAGUCUUCAUCAUUAUCUGAUGUUGUUUAUCAUGCUGGGGUUCUCAACGCUAUUUGACUGCAUCAAAGGUCCUGGACUUGGAAUAGCUGCAAGGUAUAUGUUCACAAUGGCAGUUGGACGUUUGCUAAGGACUGUAACUUUUCUUUCUACGAUUCUACCCUCCGCAAGGCCUUGGUGUGCCCAAGCUCGAUAUCAAAUACCUUAUCAUCCUCAUCCUUGGGCACAGAAAUACUAUGUUCCAUAUGCUUCUGAUCCAUAUGCAAUCCGUAGGAUCAUACAAGAAGAUAUGCCAUAUGCUUUUGUUGAAGAGUACCCUGGUGAGUAUAGACCUAAGUGGGGUCAUAUGAACUUCUUAGUGGACAUUUUGAGGCCAACUGCUGAAGAAGGGUCAUCAUGGUAUCAUUUUUUGAAGAAGGCAAGUGGUGGCUGCAGUGAUCUUAUAUAUAGUGGGCACAUGUUUGUUGCUGUCCUCACCGCUAUGGCAUGGACGGAAGCAUAUGGGGGAUGGAUCUCUGUUGUUAUAUGGUUUCUUGUCGUCCACAGCGCUCAGAGGGAGAUACGGGAGCGCCAUCAUUACAGUGUUGAUUGCAUUGUGGCAAUCUACGUGGGAAUCCUCUUAUGGAGGGUGACUGAUUUCAUUUGGUCUGCAACAGACACCAGUCAUGCCAGAAGGCUUGCAAAGCUUGACAAGGUUCACAACAGACUAUUUCGAGCCGCAAAGGAUUCGGACAUUGAUGAAAUAAGGGAUCUGCUGAACGAAGUUGAGCUGGCUGGCCAAGAGAGGAAGGGCUUCUCGCGGCGCGUCAUCUUGUCUUUCUCGUCAGCUAUGAUAGUUUUCACCCUCUUAUUUGUUCUUCUAGCAUUCGCACUAACCAGCGAUGGAUGAUUUCUUCGGACCCUUCAAACUUUUAGCUUCAUAUUGGCAGGUUGAGUUUUACUUGAUCCCAGUCCCAGCCAUGUGUAGGUUGUUCUUUCGGUGUAGGCUGAGAGGUUUUUACCAGGUAUGAGGUAUUUGAUUUAGCAAGGAAACUAGCUUAUUGAGUGCUCUGUUGAAACUAUUCUUGUUGAUUUUUGUAGCGAAGAAAAUACAGAUACUUGUGAGGAAAAUAAGAUAAUCCGUUGCGUUUCAGUUCUUGAGAAGCCCUGUGCAAGAGAGACGGUGUUGAUAAUGGUGGUACAGGUGUAACAAAAAUGGGAAACCAUGUGAACAAUAGAUGCAAUGAUGCAUUCUUUUUUUUUUUGUCCAAAGGAAAUGGUACUGACUCUUCCCUGGGCAGCCUGACCUGGAACUUGGAAAUCGACCAAUGACUCCACGACAAUGUGGCCGCUUGUCUUCCAUCCAAAGAAUAUGACUUGGCGAAAUAUGUAUAUUCUAGACUUAGUCAAGCUAAGCUAGAAAUUUUCUUCCUGACUCUAAGCUGUACAUGUCUCUCUCCACUUAUCGUAACUUGAUCGGAAAGUCAGCUCAUUUUAGAAAACAAAAGAAAUGGCCAUACAAGUGUGAAUUAUAGGUUUUCUGGUGAUGAUUUUUGUGAGCCAUUUUCAAGUAAAAAAAGUAAAGGAUGAGAGUAAAUAAACAUUGCAAGUUGCCAGACUGAUACGGUACAUAUUUUCGUGUGCACGCAGGAUGAUAUCAUACCAGUAUUUU